CUGCAACAACCCCCACUGCUACAUCACCUACAACUCCAAACACUGCAACAACUCCCACUGCUACAUCACCUACAAGUCCAAACACUGAAACAACCCCCACUACCACAUCACCUACAAGUCCAAACACUGCAACAACCCCCACUGCUACAUCACCUACAAGUCCAAACACUGCAACGACCCCCACUGCUACAUCACCUACAACUCCAAACACUGCAACAACCCCCACUGCUACAUCACCUACGGUUACAAGCACUGCAACAACUGUCUCUACUACAGCACCUACGAGUCCAAGCACUGCAACAACCGCCUCUACUAUCGCACCUACUGCUCUAGCAUGCGUGAAUGGAGGUAUCUAUGAAAACGGCAUCUGUAACUGUUCAAGCGCUUUUGAAGGAAAACUGUGUCAAGACAUAAAAGAAAAGAUAAAUGUUGAUGAUGGCACCACUGCGUCUUUAAAUGUAGACCUGAAAUUCUCCAACAUGGAAUUUACUGAAAAUCUGAAAGAUAACACAUCUGAUGAAUAUAAAACUUUUGAAUAUGACUUUAGAAUAAAUAUGACCAUCGUUUAUAAGAAUGUUACUGGGUUUGAAGAUGUAAAAAUACUGUCUAUAAGUAAAGGAAGUGUUAUUGUGCUUCAUGAGAUCAUUGUGAGAUUGCUAUAUAAGCAAAAUGAGAAUAUAGCUGCUCAGUUUGAAAAAACACUUAAAGAUGUAAAAGAAAACCUGAAUGAACUGAAUAAAACCUGCGAAGCAAACACUGCCAUGUGUAUUGCCUUUGAAGUGACAUCUACAAAGGACCCGAUAUCUGAAGAAGAGCAAUGCAGGCAAAAGGUUGACGACGACGGUUUGAAAGAUUUUUAUACUGCAGAAUUUGAAAAUGGGAAUCUUAUCUGUGUGUCUCACUGUGGUAAACAAUCUCCUCGCUUUAAGGACUGUCAUAAUGGAACCUGUCAGAUCGAGAAAUGGACGGGGCCCCGCUGCUCGUGA